GCGACUGACCGAUGCCUUCUUAUUAAUGCGGAACAAUGCGAUCCAAAACCGGCAGAUUUUGGCUGAGCAAGUGAGUACAUACGACCCUCGUCGUACUCUGAAUACACGUAGCAAUGCUGCGGUGAGUCUAUUGUUAAUUGUCCGAAUUGGUUGUUUUGGAGUGUGUGUGAUACUUGAUCAAGCUAGAUAACCCUAGCUAGUGAUGUUUGUUGAUGUACACUGGCGCUGUCAGUCGCUCCAACAAACCUCAAUUGUUUGUUUGCUGUAUGAGCAGCUGGCUAGUCAUAAAACUGUUUACACACUGCUGCAUUUUAAUUUACCCCAGCAUAUUUGAAUAGCAAUGAAAUUACCCAGAUAUUCAUUGCAAACAUGUCUUGAUCACAGUCGUGCUUUUACAUCAUGUACUGUAUAUUUCUACAACGAGAAACUGAGGAAUGAUUGUAGUGACCAUGCAAUAACGUGUAAAUAAAAUAGGUAGAACGUCAUUCACAAAUAAACAAUAUUCAUUGUACCACAAUUUUGCAGAGUUUGUUUGUAUUUUAGCACUGACUUUGAUUUUAAGAAUAUCACGCUCAAUUCAACGACGUCUGUAAUCUUAAAGGAAUAUUCCGGGUUUAAUACAAGUAAAGCUCAGUCGUCAGCAUUUGUGGCAUAAUAUUGAUAACCACAAGAAUUAAUUUUGACUUGCCCCUCCUUUUCUUUAAAAAACAAACAAAAAAAGCAAUAAAAAAAUCUGGGUUCCAAUGAGGAACUUGCAAUGGAGUAUAUAUGGCUAAUAUGUAAACGUUAAAUACUCGCUAUUUCAAAAGUAUUGCCACAUGACGUAAAAAAUGUGUGUUAACAUGAAUUUAGUGUGAUAAAAUCCCGUACAUUUCUGUGUAAAGUUAUAGCCAAUUUUACAAGCCAUGAAUAUGUACGAGUCAAAAUUAAUUUGUGUGGUAAUCAAUAUUAUGCCUAACGUCUAUUGAAUCUGGAAUAUUUAUUUAAGUAAAGGUACUACAGGCAAAACCAUUUUCUUUAUUCAAAAUGAUAUGUUCUCAUAUGUGUCUUGUAACUUUAACUUUUAAAUAUGCAAAUUAGGCAUUAUCUUAUUAAAUGUUUUGACAAUUGCUAGCAAAUCGGUUAAGAAGCUAAAUCUAAAAUUUGAUUUCUUAUUUUACAGACUAUUAUAAUUGCUCUAGUACAAUUGCAGUUAAUUCUGCAUUCUGGUUAUUUUGGAUUUUCUUUGAGAGUGCUUGUUAACCAUCUAAAUAUUGUAUGAAGUCAAAAUUGUUAAUUCCUUCCAAAAUACCUCCCUAAAUAAAUGUCUCUCACCUUGUAAAUUUGUAUGCAUUUACUAACAUGAGUAAUACAGUCUUUAUUUGUGAGAUACUUAUUUCUUUGAUGAUCUGUACACUUUGGCAUAGUUAAGUUUUUUUUGUUUUUUUUUCCAUUCUAAAAUGAGGCUCCAGUGGAAGGCAUUAUGUUUUGUCUUGCAUAGAUCUUUCCCCAGAUAAGAUAUGCUUUACAUAUUUCUUUCUCUUUGAUGUUGGUGGGUGGCCUGGUACCCAGCAUGGCUUUGAAUAGUCCAGUAAUAUAAUAAAUCAUUGAAAGUAGAUUUACGGAGUAUGAUUGGGUCUUUACAGACAGCAAACUUAUCUGCAAAUACAAAAUGUAAAGCCAAGCCAUAAGAUACGAGCACAGACAUCAUUGCAAUCAUAUAUCAUGCAUGCUUGGUUUUUGUUUGUUGUCCAUUCCUUACUAUCUGCACUUGCAUGCUCAUGUUUGCCCUGUUUGCAUUUUUUGUGUUCUUUCUAAGAACUGCCUUGCAAAAUACUGACUGUGCACUGCUUAAAUCUAUGGUAGUCAAGUCAUUGUGAUGUUUUGAGUUAAAAGGGAUUUAUUUACCUGCAUAUAAUUUUUUUUAUUACAAUUUAUAGAUUCAGAAACAUCAGAAAGUGCAUUUUUUUUUAAACCUGAUAUCUAGUUAUUUGCACAUUUAUGAAUCAGACAGUUAUGAAUAACAUCAGUUUCAGUACAGUUACAGUAACAAUAGGAUGGAAAAGUUGUAAUGAUUGGGCUGGAAUGGGCAAAUAUGACAUUUAUAUGCAUCCCUAACAUAUAUGUGGAGUUUUCUGCCAUCUAGUAAUAGUAACCAUUUACUGGUCUGUGUUCCUGAUUUGUCCAGUUUUACUUCCAGUAUGUCCUUCUGUCUGUCAUUUUGAUGCUGAUCACUGCUUUUUUAUCUUGGGCUCAUCUGCUCUCACUCAUUCUGUCCCUCCCCUUCUCUUCAAUCUCGCUCCUCAUUGGAUGAGACUUCGCUGGGGUCUUCCAAUCACAUUAGGAGUUUGAUGAGCUGGCUGAUGACCGUAUGGCUCUGGUGUCUGGCAUUAGUUUGGAUCCUGAGGCUGCUAUUGGUGUCUCAAAGAGACUCCCGCCUAAAUGGGUGGAGGGUGUGGAUGAGAUUCAGUAUGAAAUCACACGUAUCCGUCAGAAGAUGAAGGAUCUGGCCAGUCUGCACGAUAAACACAUGAACCGCCCCACACUGGACGACAGCAGUGAGGAGGAACAUGCCAUUGAGAUCACUACACAGGAAAUAACACAGAUGUUUCACAGGUGUCAGCGGGCGGUAACAGGGAUACAAACACAGAGUUAUCACUGUAUAGAGCAAGAAAAGAGACUAUUGACGAAUGUGGUCUCCUCAUUGGCCCAAAGCCUUCAAGAACUGUCAAUCAACUUUAGACACACUCAAUCAAGCUACCUGAAACGCAUGAAAAACCGUGAAGAAAGAUCCAAGCACUUUUUUGACUCUGGUCCUCUUGAGGAGGAAGAUGAUGAUAUUGCAGCAUAUGACAGAGGAUUUACGGAUGACCAGCUCGUCCAGGUUCAGCAGAACACAGUGAUGGUAGAAGAGCGGGAGAGAGAAAUUCGACAAAUUGUACAAUCCAUUUCUGACCUUAAUGAGAUAUUUAGAGAUCUUGCUGGGAUGGUUGUUGAGCAGGGCACAGUCCUCGACAGAAUUGACUUCAAUGUGGAGCAAUCGUGUGUCAAAACAGAGGAGGGACUUCAGCAGUUGCAAAAGGCUGAACAGUACCAGAAGAAAAACCGCAAGAUGCUGGUCAUAUUAAUUCUCUUCGUCAUAGUUGUUGUUCUAAUACUUAUUCUGUUUGGGACAAAGUUUAGUUGAAUCAUUCCAUGGAGGGAUCCAGCUGAAUGUGUGAGAGAAUAUCAAUGUAUUGCUUGUGUUUGUAAGUAAGUGUGUACACAUGCUGACCUUUGAACCAUUGUUUGAGGGUGGAAUAUUUGUCAAACCAAAGCUGCUUAUGUUUUUGAAAAAUUAAAACGAUAAGGAGCGCCCUCUAGAGGCCACCAGAUAAAGUUCAUGCGUUUAAACUGUGAAAUGGGCAGUCCAGGAAAUAGGCUUUAGUAAGAGGUGGUGGAAGUAUUCAAGUUCCUUUUAAUUGUGUUCAUAGGGCCAAUUUGUCCUACACAAGCACAGCACAGGAGCGUGGAUCCAAGAUAGCAGCAUGUUUAUCUCAACUGUCUUUGUUAUUCAGUUUGAAGAGUAAAUGGGAAUAGUAUGUGACAAUAUAAGGUAUCCUCUGAAGGCUGGAAUCUUGUCUGUAUCUCUCCUUGAAGAUGAUUUCAUCUACUUGGGUGAAUCUCACAAAACCUGUCAAUAGAAUUUUACGGAUCAUAUUUCACCCUCAAAAUCAAAAGAAAUAAAAAAGUAAUAUUUACUGUAUUAUAGUGAUAAUGAGAAUCAUUUGAAUUACCAAAUCAUUUGUAAAACAUUCAGAUACAUUACAGUAAUGAGAAUGUCACAAUGCAAAAUAUCUUUAUGGUCCUACAAAUAGGCAGCAUUUUCUUUAUGCAGUGUAAAGUAAAAUUUAUUUUCUCUUGAUUUUGGAGUGAACUAUAACCUGGACAUGUUUCUGUAAGAUUUACCAACUUUCCUCGUCUGCCUGGCCUCGGUUUCAAUCAAAAACUGUUGUAACUCUGUAGAAUUAAAGGGAUAGAUCACCCAAUAAUGAAAAUUCUCUCAUCAUUUACUUGCCCUCAUGUUCUUUCUUCUGCAAAACGCAAAGAUGUUUAGCAGAAGAUUUCAGCUCUGUAAGUCCAUGCAAUGCAAGCGAAUAGUGGCUAGAACUUUGAUGCUCCUGAAAGUAUGUAAAUGCAGCAUAAAAGUAAUCCUUAAGACUCCAGUGGUUUAAUCCAUAUCUUCAGAAGUGAUAUGAUAGGUGUGGGUGAGAAACAUCAAUAUUUAAGUAAUUUUUCACAAUUAAUCUCUUCUAUCACUUCCACAUUCUUUGUGCAUUUUGCCAGCAACUGGGCAGGGAGGAAUGUUUAGUAAAAAAGGACUUAAAUAUUGAUUGGUUUCUCUCCCAGACGUAUCAAAUCGCAUCUGAAGAUGUGGAUUUAACACUGGAUUCGUAUGAAUUACUUUUAUGCUGCCUUUAUUUGCUUUUUGGAGCUUCAAAGUUCUGGCCACCAUUUACUUGCAUUGUAUGGACCCACAGAGCUGAAAUAUUCUUCAAAAAUAUUUAUUUUUUUUCAGCAGAAGAGAGAAAGUCAUACACAUCUGGAAUCGCAUAAGGGUGAGUAAAUGAUGGGAGAAUGGUCAUUUUUGUGUAAACUAUCCCUUUAAACUCCCAUAUGACAUUGUGAGCAGCCUUUGGACAAAACCUUGCUUUUAGGUUAGGUUUUACUUGUGUUCAGUGUGUGCCCUAGAUAAAAUCUCACAUGAAGUCUGUGGUUCCCCCCACAUCAAGCUCUUGGAAAUCUCAACUUUGUGUGUAUGUAAGCUCACUUGCUCUUGUUUUAAAAGAGAAGCAUUGACACUCCAGUGAACCGUGUAAGUUAUGAUCAAAGAAUGUGGAAUGCAUUUAUCAUGGUCUUUUCCACAAAUUAAAAUCCUUUUAAUUCUUUUAAUUUUAAUUUAAUGGUUGGGAAUAUGACAUGUAUUGAAUUAAUUAAAUGUUACAUUGUCUUUUAACAGGCAACCAUAACUGACCGUUAUUUCCUCUGCUUAUGUCAGUGGAGGUUUGUAAUGCAGCAUUAUGUGUUUAGCAGUGUUGUUGUCAUAAUAUCAGUAUACUUUCAGUGAUAUUUUUGAUAAAGGGAGUGAUUUAGCUACAUUUAUUUUGCUUCACUCCUUUCCUUGCCUUAAGGAGUGGACACUUGUGCACUUAACUUGGAUGAUGAUGUGAAAUUACAGUUUGUUUGUUUGUUUUUUUUAUGUGCUUUUUCAUUGACUGGUGUUGCCACUACCGUAUCUGUCAGUCUGAACUCUAAUAUCUGACCAUAUCCGGACUGAAGCUCAGUUGGGUCUCCUGACUUACUAAUGUUUCCUGUAUGAGAUUAAAUUAUUUAUUUUAGAUGAAAAUAUGUGUACAGUUUAUGGAGUUCUAUUGUUGUCCUUUGGUAGCAUUGUCGAAAGUCUGAGCUUUUAUUAUUGUAAUGAUGAUUUAUGUUUUUCUGUAUUUCAAAAAUCAUAGGUUAAUUGCACCACUACUGUAUGAUGGGAAAAAAUAUAAAGUUGACGGUGUUUUUAUAAAUACAGAGGCAAUUUAUUCUGAUAUUUUAGAAGGCGAGAUGUGUUGAAAAAUAGCAGCGCAUUAUAAGGCUUAAACACAUUUCAUUUGGUUAUCUCAAUACUCCAUCUUUUUUGUCAGUUUUGGUGUGAUACCUGGUGUGAAUAUUUCAUAUUUUUCUUCCAUUAUGGUACUACUGUAUGCUAUAUGAACCUAGAACUUCUGUAAAGA